AGAUAAGAACAACGUCUGAACCGAUUCUUUCCUUCCAAGCUUAGAUCACUUUGUUAGCGACGUUCGACCUGAUGAACACACACAAUUACAGUAUACUGUAAGCUGCAACUGGUGAUCAUCUAGAAAUAGGCGAUUCUGUGUCAAGUUCUCUUUUAGAGCUACUAACAUGCAGAACGGAACUCGAAUUUGGCUUCAAUGGCUGGCUAUGGCGUUGACUGUAACCUUUAGCAUGGUUACCGGCCAGUAUUUUAAGCCGUUCAAUGUUAGCUACGAUCAUAGAGCACUUAUAAUCGACGGGCAACGGAGAAUGCUCGUUUCAGCUGGAAUUCACUAUCCUCGAGCCACACCUGAGAUGUGGCCUGAUCUGAUUGCCAAGAGUAAGGAAGGUGGGGCUGAUGUCAUUGAAACUUAUGUAUUCUGGAGUGGCCAUGAGCCAGUUAAAGGACAGUAUAGUUUCGAGGGAAGAUAUGAUCUCGUGAAGUUUGUAAAGUUAGUGGGAUCCAGUGGGCUCUAUCUUCAUCUCCGAAUAGGUCCAUAUGUCUGUGCAGAGUGGAACUUUGGGGGUUUCCCUGUGUGGCUUCGCGAUAUUCCUGGAAUUGUAUUCCGAACAGACAAUGAACCGUUCAAGGAAGAGAUGCAACGUUUUGUCAAAAAAAUAGUAGAUGUGAUGCGAGAGGAAUCUCUCUUCUCUUGGCAAGGUGGCCCAAUCAUUAUGCUGCAGAUUGAAAAUGAGUAUGGGAAUAUUGAAGACUCUUAUGGACAAAAAGGGAAAGACUAUAUGAAUUGGGCUGCAAAUAUGGCUGUUGGACUGGGAGCUGGCGUCCCAUGGGUCAUGUGCAGGCAAACUGAUGCUCCAGAAAACAUUAUAGAUGCUUGCAAUGGAUACUAUUGUGAUGGUUAUACGCCCAACUCCAAGAAGAAACCAGUAAUCUGGACAGAAAAUUGGGAUGGAUGGUAUACAUCUUGGGGAGGAAGACUGCCUCAUAGGCCUGUGGAGGACCUUGCAUUUGCAGUUGCUCGAUUUUAUCAACGGGGAGGAAGCUUUCAGAAUUAUUAUAUGUUUUUUGGCGGGACAAAUUUUGGACGAACUUCUGGAGGCCCUAAUUAUAUCACUAGUUACGAUUAUGAUGCUCCAAUUGAUGAAUAUGGUCUUCUACAUCAGCCUAAAUGGGGGCAUCUAAAGGAUCUACAUGCUGCUCUAAAGCUUUGUGAGCCUGCACUAGUUGCUGCUGAUUCGGCUCAGUAUAUAAAAUUAGGACCUAGGCAGGAGGCACAUGUAUACCGUGGUAAUAAUAGUACCUGCUCAGCAUUUCUUGCUAAUAUUGAUGAACAUAAAGAAAGCUCUGUACAAUUCCUUGGUCAAGCAUACACUUUACCACCAUGGUCCGUGAGUAUACUACCAGACUGUAGAAACACUGCCUUUAACACUGCGAAGGUUGGGGCACAGACCUCCAUUAAAGUGGUAGAUUUCGAGUCAACAUCAUCUGCAAAAAUUUCUGCUCCUGAGCACUUGAUGAUUCAGAAGGGAGUACCACUUGUUUCGGAAUCAUGGAUGUCAUUUAAGGAGCCCAUUGGUGUUUGGGGUGAUGAUAAUUUCACUGUUCAAGGCAUCUUGGAGCAUCUAAAUGUGACAAAAGACCAAUCAGAUUAUUUAUGGUAUAUUACCAGAAUAUAUGUUUCUGAUGAGGAGAUUGCAUUCUGGAAGGAAAAUGCAAUUAGUCCAUCACUUACAAUUGAUAGCAUGCGUGAUUUGGUUCAUAUCUUCAUCAAUGGACAACUUAUAGGUAGCGCGUGGGGUGACUGGAUCAAGGUUGCUCAGCAAGUUCAAUUUAAGCAAGGAUACAAUGAUGUGAUGUUAUUAUCAGAGACAGUGGGCUUGCAGAACUAUGGUGCCUUUCUUGAGAAAGAUGGAGCAGGAUUUAAGGGUCAGAUCACUCUAACUGGAUUCAAGAAUGGGGAUGUUAAUCUCACAUAUUCACCAUGGACCUAUCAGGUUGGGCUUAAAGGUGAAUUCCUGAAAUUAUAUGCUGUUGAUAAUAAUGGAAGUUCGGAUUGGACUAAUUUGGCACAAAAUGAAGUUCCAUCAACCUUUUCCUGGUACAAGACAUAUUUCGAUUCCCCAGGAGGGAAAGAUCCAGUAGUUCUUGAUAUGAGCAGUAUGGGUAAAGGUCAAGCUUGGGUCAAUGGACACCAUAUAGGAAGAUACUGGACCCUUGUUGCCCCAAAAGAUGGAUGUCAAGAAACUUGUGAUUAUCGUGGAUCUUAUGAUUCAGAAAAGUGCAAUACAAAUUGUGGCAAGCCUACUCAGAUUUGGUAUCAUGUACCAAGAUCAUGGUUACAGCCAUCGGACAAUCUACUUGUUCUAUUUGAGGAGACAGGUGGGAACCCAUUAGAAAUUUCUGUCAAGACGGUUACUGUUGAAACUGUGUGUGCUCACAUGUCCGAGUAUCAUAAUCCACCUCUUCAAAUGUGGUCUCACCCAAAUUACUUCAACGGGGAACUUUCAGCGAGUGAGAUGAAACCAGUAAUGCAAUUGCAGUGUGAAGAUGGUUAUACAAUUGCAUCCAUAGAGUUUGCUAGCUAUGGAACCCCCCAAGGUAGCUGCCAAGCAUUCUCCAUGGGCAAGUGCCAUGCACCAAAUUCAGCAUCCAUCUUGUCCAAGGCCUGUGAGGGAAGAAAUAGCUGCAAAAUAGAAGUCUCUAAUUCUGUAUUUGGAGACCCAUGUCCCAGGACUGUAAAAACCUUGGCUGUUGAGGCAAGGUGCAAACCAUCAAGUUCAUUGUAUGCGGGAGUAUCAGAUAUAUGAGAGAAAAAACAGAAUGUCAACACAUGUGCAGUCUUCCACGGUCCAAAUUUCUCGCAUUGCUUUUGUGGUGAACAUUUCUUUUGAUCAAGUGUUUGGGUAUUAUAAGAUGCCCAAGGAUAUGAAAAUUUGAACUUAUAGCAACUGUUUGUUGAUUGAACAUGUUACAUUAUGCUUCUUCUUGAGGCUAUCUAGCUCGAUUCCCUUCUCCA